AUGCAAAAUUCUUUUCUUAUGCGGUGGAAUCAAAAUGACUCAGCUGAUCAUAGUGAGAUAAUUGCCACUAUUUUUUAUGAAUUCACGCUGCAGAAUGUUAGGGUGCAACUGAAGGAAUCGCUUCCUGGAACUGGAGGUGGAACAAAUCCUACUGAGAGAAUGUUGAUCAAGUUUUUGUUCGCAUGUCCCUUAUUCAUUCUCUUGAUCUGUUAUUAUAGGCCAUGCCUUCAGGCGAAUGCUGAAUCAUGGAACAUAUUUUCUGGGAAUAUUUGUGACUAUGCUAGACGGUUCUUAUAUAAAUACAGAGCAGGUGGAGGGCUUCCUACUUAUUCUGCUGUUGGUGUUACUUCUUCUUCUUUGGGCAAUCCUAAUCAACAGUUUCUAAAUGGUGCCAAUUCAAAAAUUCCUUCUUAUUUGGGCCCAACAUCAAUCUUUUUCUGCUUUACAGCUGCCUUAUUGUCCCUUGCCAUUGCUUUUAUUAUUAUACCCCGGCAAGUAACUCCUUGGACCGGUUUGCUGUUGAUGUAUGAGUGGACAUUUGUGAUAUUUUUCAUAUUGUUUGGGACUUAUCUUCGCAUCGUCUAUAAUUGGGGAAGGUUGUCAGCUAGUCAGGCUGGAAGGGCAUAUAAUCAAAUGGAUUCUUCUCAUUAUGAUUCAGGCAAAGGCCAUCAACGCCAUCCAUCUACCUGGGAUACUGUCACAUGCUUCUACGGCGCUGGGUUGGCCUUUCUAGCAGUUACUGUUCCUUCACUGCCAUUUUUAUUUGGAAUCUCUGCACUUUUUUCUAG